CUGAAAUCGUGACCGGCCGGCACGAUUACUGUAGUUUUGUUGGGGGCGAUAUCGGGGAAAGAAAUACAUUUAUAUUAUGUCCUGGUUUAAGGAACAAAAGAAGACUUCGUAUUUGAGGUCUUUCUGUAAUAAUGUCAUCAAGUGCGGCCAGCUUCCUCAACAUGUAGCGAUUAUAAUGGAUGGGAAUAGGAGAUUCGCCAAGAAAGUGAAUUGCGAACGUUCGAAAGGACACGAGAAGGGGUUCGAAAAGCUAACAGAGGUUCUUGAAUGGUGUUUUGACCUUGGCAUACCUGAAGUCACAGUCUAUGCUUUUAGUAUCGAAAACUUCAAACGCUCACAGGAUGAAGUUGAUGGACUCAUGGAGCUUGCCAAACAAAAAUUUGACAAAUUAAUGGAAGAAAAAGAAAUGAUUCAGAAACAUGGAGUUUGUGUGCGAGCUCUUGGUGAUCUCACCAUGUUACCUGAAGAUUUGCAGAGAUCAGUAGCAAAAGUUGUAAAGUUUUCACAGAACAACACCAAAGCAACUUUAAAUGUGUGUCUAGCAUAUACAUCAAGACAUGAAAUAUCCAAUGCUGUAAAAUCCAUGGCUGAGGGAGUCGAACUUGGCUUACUAAAACCAAGUGAUGUCAGUGAGUCACUACUAGAGAAAUGUCUCUACACAUCACCGUCCCCACCCCCAGACAUUUUAAUAAGAACAUCUGGAGAGGUGCGAUUCAGUGAUUUCUUGUUAUGGCAGUGCUCCUAUUCUAGUUUGUCGUUUCUUAAAGUUUUAUGGCCAGAGUUUUCUGUGUGGGAUUUCUAUGGUACCAUUCUCUCGUUCCAGUGGAAUUAUAAUACUUAUAAGGUAUUCUAAGCAAACG